AUGGCGGAAAACACGGCGAGCAGUAGAAGAAAGCCUCAGAGCUUGAACGAUCGUCACUAUCGUCUCCUCCAGGAUCUUUCCGCGCCUCCUAAGCAGCAGCCUCCAUCUUCUUCCCGUGAUGGAGAAGAUGAAGGAACGAAGAAAUCCAUGAAUAAGCUUGCUGGACGACGGCGUCUCUGCAAGGCCUCGGAGAAGGAAGAUGUAGACGAUGAAGAGGACGAUGACGAUUUGGCCGAUUUCGAUUCCCCAGGUAAAGGAGAUACACCCAUCGAGAGAGAUGGAGAUGGAAACAUGUUCACAUCUCGGGGUGAAUCGAAGGAAGCUAGCACAAAGGUUGCUGACGAGCCCAACUUCUCGAUGAUCACAGACUUUGGUUCGCCAUCACCACAGCUUAAGCAAACGGAGGAAAGGGAAGAUGGUGGAGGAAGGAAUGAGAUUAUGGAUAUUUUGGAUGAUCUGACCUCUAAGCUUGGGACUAUGUCGAUUAAGAAGAAAAAGGAUACGGAUCAAGUAAAGAGCCGGGUUAAUGAUUUCGAUUUCGAGAGCGUCAAAUCCUCAUUUGACGUUGAUAGUGACAAUGACAUCCAGGAAGAGGAAACUAGUAAUGAGCUGUUUGCAGGUGAAAGGGGAGGAAGAGUUUCGAAUGUUGGAAAGCAAAACUUAUUUUCUGGUCAGAGCUAUGUUGAUAAGUCUGAAGAUAACAGGCAGGGAUACAAUCUUGACCUUGGGAAGGGCAAAAGCAAGGACGUUGGCCAAAGUCUGAAGACGAGUAAGCAUGUAGAGGUCACUGAGAAGCUAAGAACAGCUGGAAGGUCGAAUGCUGGUAAACUAAGAGACUUAGACGACGAGGAUGAUGAUGAUGAUGAUGACUGUGUCGUUUUGUCUGGGAAAAAGGCAGCUGAUAUGAAAAGCCAUCUUGAAUUCAAGCCUAAAAAGCCAGCUCGGUCUAACAACAUGGAGAGACAUGGUUAUAAUGAGAGAGUGGUGGAGGAUGAAGAUGAAGGGUCUAUCACUUUAACUGGCCACAAAAUGUCUUAUACAUUGCCUGGAAAGACUGCAACAAUGUUAUAUGCACAUCAGAGGGAAGGGUUGAAGUGGCUUUGGUCAUUGCAUACCCAAGGGAAAGGUGGAAUCCUUGGAGAUGAUAUGGGGUUAGGUAAAACCAUGCAGAUUUGUAGUUUUCUUGCUGGUUUGUUCCACUCUAAAUUGAUCAAACGUGCUCUGGUAGUGGCCCCAAAAACACUGCUGCCUCACUGGUUGAAAGAAUUAGCUACAGUGGGACUUUCACGAAUGACUAGGGAAUACUAUGGCACUUCCACAAAAGCCCGGGAAUAUGAUCUCCACCACAUCCUGCAGGGUAAAGGUGUUCUUCUAACGACCUAUGAUAUUGUACGGAACAAUACAAAGGCUUUGCAAGGUAACGACCUUUAUGAUGAUGAGGAUGACGAAGAUGAAAUCAAAUGGGACUACAUGAUUCUGGACGAGGGACAUCUUAUUAAAAACCCCAACACACAAAGGGCCAAGAGUUUGCUUGAGAUUCCAAGUUCUCACCGUAUAAUAAUUAGUGGUACACCAAUCCAGAAUAAUCUUAAGGAACUGUGGGCUCUCUUCAACUUCAGCUGUCCUGGGUUACUAGGUGACAAGAAUUGGUUUAAGCAGAAUUAUGAGCAUUACAUUCUUCGUGGAACGGACAAAAAUGCCUCUGAUAGAGAACAGAGGAUAGGCUCGACAGUAGCAAAGAACUUGAGGGAGCAUAUUCAACCUUUCUUCUUGCGGCGCCUGAAGAGUGAGGUCUUUGGUGAUGAGGGCGCAACCUCCAAACUUUCAAAGAAGGACGAAAUUGUUGUAUGGCUACGAUUAACAGCUUGCCAGAGGCAAUUAUAUGAAGCUUUCCUAAACAGUGAAAUUGUUCUGUCAGCUUUUGAUGGUUCGCCUCUAGCAGCUCUAACGAUUCUGAAGAAAAUAUGUGACCACCCGCUUCUCUUGACUAAGAGGGCUGCUGAGGAUGUCCUCGAAGGAAUGGAAUCAACAUUAACACAAGAAGAAGCAGGCGUGGCAGAAAGAUUGGCUAUGCAUAUUGCAGACAAUGUGGAUACAGAUGAUUUUCAAACCAAGAAUGACAGUAUCUCUUGCAAAUUGUCAUUCAUCAUGGCACUACUGGAAAAUUUGAUUCCAGAAGGGCACCGUGUUCUAAUCUUUUCUCAGACACGAAAGAUGCUUAAUCUCAUUCAGGAUUCUCUUACCUCUAAUGGUUAUAGUUUCUUGCGAAUUGAUGGUACAACAAAAGCCCCUGACAGAUUGAAGACUGUUGAAGAAUUUCAAAGUGGUCAUGUGGCUCCUAUAUUUCUCUUGACAUCUCAAGUUGGUGGUCUUGGCCUUACUCUGACAAAGGCAGACCGUGUGAUAGUGGUUGACCCUGCAUGGAAUCCAAGCACUGACAACCAGAGUGUUGAUCGAGCAUAUAGAAUCGGUCAAACAAAGGAUGUCAUUGUUUAUAGGUUAAUGACCUCAGCUACUGUUGAAGAGAAGAUAUACAGAAAGCAGGUGUACAAGGGAGGCCUGUUUAAAACUGCGACUGAGCAUAAAGAACAAAUCCGCUACUUCAGCCAGCAGGAUCUUCGAGAACUUUUUAGUCUUCCCAAGGGAGGCUUUGAUAUUUCACCUACACAGCAGCAACUACAUGAAGAGCAUUAUAACCAGAUCAGAUUAGAUGAAACUCUGGAGUCCCAUGUCAAGUUCCUGGAAACUCUCGGCAUAGCCGGAGUGAGUUAUCACAGUUUACUCUUCUCCAAGACUGCUCCUAUCCAACCGAUACAACAAGAAGAAGUUGAAGAAAUAAGGAGAGGAGCAACAUCGUUUGUGGGACGCCCAUCAGCAAGUUCUUCACAAGACAACGUGAUCAAUGGGGCUGAGUAUGCUUUCAAGCCAAAGGAUGUGAAAACGUUGGACAAGAGAAUCAACAUUUCCCCAAUCGACGACAGUGAAUUGUCCGAAAGCGAAAUCAAAGCAAGAAUCAGUCGGUUGUCUAUGCUAUUCGAGAACAAGAAUACAGUCGCAAGGCUACCUGAUGGAGGAGCCAAAAUACAGAAGCAGAUUGCUGAAUUGACUCGAGAGCUCCAAGAAAUAAAGGCAGCACAAAGCAAUCAUGUGCCUCAAGUUAUUGACUUGGAAGACAUAAGUCAGAAGAUGCACAAAGGAUUGAAUCUCUAG